GACGACUGUUCUGGCGCGACUCAGUAUUCAGAGUAAGGAGCUAACGUCAGUUUGACCCAGCCUAUCGUAGAAGUCCACAGAGCACGGUGACAGUUAAUUUUGGAUCUUUUUCUAUUCGACGGGGGUAUCACGCGAUUAGGUUAGUACGACUUUAGCUUGUAAAAACUAUUUUUGUGUGCAAAUGGGAACUCUCUAAAGGAGAAUAAAUAAGCUCUGAACGGAGGCGAGCUAACUAAACACAUUUGUCAACAACAAAAACGGCAAUGGGGCAGAGCAGCUGCACAACUCGCUCUUUAACGCCAAAUAUUUUUGCUUAACUUCUGCAGAGUGGCUGUUCAGUGCAGGGAUGAGGCUGUCGCGUGCUUACCUCUCAUCUAUUAAUAACACAAAGUUUUUAUCAUUAACAUGCUAACGGCAGUAGCGUUAUAGCUAGCUAAAUAGGAGGCAGCUAGCGCGAUGUAAACAAAUAACAUGUGCGUCAUGUAGUUUGUAAAAAAAAUUUUAAAAAAACCUUUAUCAGCUUAACUGACUGGUAUCAAUACUGAUCUUCCAGAUCAGAGUCGUUAAUAGCUGCUUACCCGCGUAGCUCUUCAAAAACAUUUCAUCGAUUGGGCCAGCAUGCAUCACCCUGCGCCCCCAAGCAGUGAGCUGAGCUGCUUGCCAGCCAUGUAUUCCUUUUCAGGCCCCACAAGCCUUCCCGACUUCGACCUCGGACCUUCAAGUAUGAUUGAGGAUGUACAGACAGCGACAGUCUCUAACAGCAACUGGGAGACUAGAUGCCUCAGGAAGCACAGGAGGAGAGCAGAUGAUGAGGGUUGCAGUGCCAAAAAGAGGAGGUUAAUGUUUGAGGCAGAAGUUUCUCCUUCAAAUUUGAGCACUAGCACAGAGUGUGACUGGUCUGGUGCAAACAGCUGCUCUUCUCAGUCUGCACAGCAAGCCUGCCCUGCGCCUCCACAGUCCUGCACAACAUCUAAUAACACCACUUUGCCGCAGACCUCUUCUUCCCUGUUCCGACUUGAGACGGAGAGCUCCUGCAUGGAGAUCGAGGCCGCACAGAGAAAACUUCAGGAGAUAGAAGACAGAAUAACACUGGAGGACGAUGAGGAUGAAGAUCUGGAUGUAGAGCCAGCUCCGAGACGCCCGGUGCUGGUGAUGUCUGACAGUUUGAAGAAGGGCCUGCAGCAGGGCAUCAGUGACAUCCUCCCCCACACAGUAGCCCAGUCUGUGAGCCGUUCCUGUAUGGAGCUGGUGCUAUGGCGGCCACCAGAAGAUCCCUUCAGUCAGAGACUUAAGGACUCAUUACAGAAACAGCGCAAACAACAGACUGUGUGUCGGCAGACUCCAACUCCAUGUCCAUCUCCCAGUCCUCACAGUCCCCUUAACCCCUCAAGUCCACCAGCAGACACACACUCUCCUCUGUACAGUUUCUCUGUGGCCCACAACUCUGGGGAGGAGGAGAUGGAAAUGUAAUAGUGUUUCUCCACAAAGUGAUGCCAAAGUGAAAGACUGGAGACUCGUAGCAAAGUAAAAAGAUUUAAAAAGACGUGGAACAACUUCAGGCUGGUCAGUUUGUGUCUUUAUAAGGAUAUUGUUAAGUUUUGAACAGUUUGUGAAGCGCAUCAUUUUCUUGGCAGUAAUUUAUGUUUUCUGACUUUAAUCCCAUUUGAUCCCACUUGUAACAUAAUAACUGACAUAAUCUCCAAGGUCUGUCAACAAGUAGCCUUACAUAAUACUUCGCAGUAUUGAUGUUUCCCGUAAGAAGUGAAACGACUUUUACGUUGCCAAAGCCUGGCCAGCACUACGCUGAUGUGUUGUAAAUAUGAUUAUAUUUCUCAAACAUCAGCGUGGAGCAUCUGGAUUUUCACCUUCUGGACAUUAACAUUUGGUCACAUUUGCUCGUGGCAUGCCUUCCUGCUUGUAGUAAUACUUUUGGCGGAGAGAUCAUCUCUAUUGCUUAGCAAGUAUGCCAUUAGGGGAGCUUGGAGGAAUUUAUAAAGUCAUGGAAAUGCAGAAUUUUAUGGUUUGACUGUAUUUUCAUAUGCACAUGACCAGAACUUCAGCUAGCCAUUGGGUGCUAUAAACUUUAUAUUUGUUUUUUAAUAAAUGUACAGUUUUCAUGUG